AUGGCCUCUAGUUACCAUUUGACUGUUAAAAAGUAUCUUGAUGAAAAUCGAAUAGGUUGUACUUUACCUGAACAUAUUCGACGAGGAUGGCAUCGGAUUUACACACUCGAAGAGCAACAACUCAAUACACGAUCAUGCAUAAUAGGACCCGAUGUUCAAAUUCCAAAUUCAAUUGUUCGUCAACGUCUAGGUACUAAGCAAAUGUUAAUGAAAGCCAAUAUUGAAAUAUUACGCAAAGCAUUCGAAUUACCCAAUGAAUUAUUGAUGAAUUUAUCUAAUGAACCUAAAUUAUCCAACAUGAUAGAAGAUGAACAACUUAGUUUCGAAUGGAAUGAUGAAGAAAAUAAUAAUGAAAUAAAAUAUAAAAAAUCAGAAAUGAAUAUAAUUCUUAAUAAACAACGUGAAAAAAGACGUAAAUAUGAAGAUUAUAAAUAUGAUUAUGAUAAUAUUGAACCAUUAUCACUAAAUGAUAUAAUUGAAGAAAUUCAUACAAAUGUUGGAAAAAAUUUAAAUAAUGAAGACUUAAAAUUAAUUACAGAUUUAAUGCAAAUCAUAAGUCGACAUAACAAAAAUCAAAUUAUGAAUAUUUAUGAUGAAUUGGCUAAUGUUCAAUUGAUUAGUAAAUUUGGUGGUAUUCCUAAACUUGUACAGGUUUUACAAGAAAUUCAAAAAGCAUUUGAACAAGUAGCUAUGAAAACCAAUCUGACUUCUAUUGAAACUGUCAUUAAUGUGUUACUUGAAAAAGACAAUACAUAUCGUUUAGCAAUGGAACUAUUAAAGUCAUAUAAUGAAAACAUUAAAAAAACUAAACAUCAACAGUUAUUAAAGUUAGAAGAUAAAUCUGGUGAUAUAUCUGAUCAUGAUCAAACUGUAUUUAAUAUUUUAAUGAAAGAUCGUAUUAGUCGAUUACGUAAGUUGGUCAUGUGCUCAUUAUUUUUUAUUAUUUUUCUUUUAGCUGCAUCGGAUUUGACCAUGUUAAUUCAUGAUCUUGAAACAAUUCAAAAUAUUGAUACAAGUACAGUGAAUCAUGAUCAUGAUGCUCAAGUAAAUUUUAUAUCUGGACAAUUGAAUAUUAUUUUUACACGUGCACAUCUCAAUGGAAUCAAAACUAUUUUUCAUGCAAUGAAAACAUCUAUUGGUGUUUCAUUAAAAGAUUUUAUUGAUAAAAUUGAAACAAGUUUAACAACUAAAUUAACUGAACAUGAUAGUAUUAUUGUUGAAUCUUAUAUUCAUGAUCAUCUUACAUCAUUGACUAAUAAUGAAUUGAAAAUAGUCUAUGAACGUUUAGCACAACAAGGCACUCUUAAACGUAAUGCAAUAGUUGGUGAAUUAAAUCAAACAAUAACAUUGAGUUUAAUGAAAAAAAUUGAUACAAAUGGAUUAGGUGCAGUCAUUGAAUAUAUGAAAGAUGUUCCACUAGAGAAUGAUUUUCUAAAAGAACUUAUAGAAGCAUUAAUAAAUAUCAAUCAUUAUAUUCAAACUCAAUCAUCGAUUUCACUGGAACAAAUUCAAAAUCGAUUGGGUAUGGCAUACUUUAUCGAAACACGUAAUCUUAGCAAAGUUGAUAUUCAUGAACUAUCAAAAGCAGCUGAUCUAUAUUCUAUUGUUCAUAUAAAUCUUGGUGAAGAAGCAAAUAUUGAUGAAUAUUCGACAUUUCUCGAAUAUUUGAAAGCUCCAUUUAUACGUAUAUGUAUUCAACGUAUUUUAAAUUUAAUUAAACAAGAUAAUACUAUUAAUUUGGAUAAAGUAUCAAAUAAAUUUUAUAAUGAACGUAUUAUUGAUCUACUUAAUGAAUUAAUUUAUGGAUCGGAUGAAUUUAAUCGAAAUUUAUUUUUUCAACAAAUUAAAAAAUAUUUAAAGAAAAAUAAAGAAUUACCAGAUAAACUCUAUCGACAAAUGUUAAAAGAAAAAUUCAUUCAUAUUGAUGCUAAAAUUAAAAUAGAUACAGAUAAAAAGAAAAUUUCAACAAUUAUCAAUGAAAUAAAUCAAAUUUUAAUCAAUGUAGAAGAUCGAAUAAAACAAGAACAAUUAGUAGACUUAUUUGAUAGAAUAGAUAUUCCAACUCCUUCAACACAUCGUACUACUGAUAAAUCAAUCAGUUCACUAAGCAAAAAUUUAAAAGAACGAAUAACACAAGAUAUCAAAGAUCAGUUGCCAACUGCCACGGCUGUGACUUCCGUGAAGCAUGUUAGUGAACAAAAAAGAUCUUUGCUAAAAUCUGAAUCAAAGUUUCAAUCAAUAGUACAUGUAACAAAGAAGCAUGUCAAAACUCUUGAUAAUACAAAAAAGAACAGUAAUGUGUCUAUUGAUAAAGAUGGAAAGGAAAAAUUGACAUCCAAUUCUGCAAUUCCAUUGGCAUCGAAAUCAGAAGAACAACAAGAAAGCACUUUAGACAUUGCUCAUGAUCAAUCAGUCUUAUCAUCCGCAACACCAAUAACGACAGAUGCAAUUAAUAUGGCGGAUGUUUCCGAACCUCAAACUGAAAGUGAGCGUUUCAAUUAUUAA